AGUAACGUUAGAUAUGAAUUUCUGUCACAAAGGCACACCAUGGCACCAAACUCAUCUGAAAAUUUGAAUAAUCCGCCUUUUACACCGUUUACAAUGAAAGGCUCUGUUGUGUUAUUGCUUCUGGUGUGUUGUGCAUCAGGAGCUACUGGAAACCAAAUUAUCCAAGAAGACCAUUUAGUCAAACACAAUCAUGAGCAUAAUGCAAACGCCUUCCUUGGCUCAGAGGACAACAAUGAAAUACGGAAACUCAGUCCAACUGAGCAGCGAAAUAUACUGUUGGAGAUAGUGGAAAAGAUUGAUACAGAUUCUGAUAUCUACCUUUCACCAGAGGAAAUCACAUUAUGGAUACAGAGGGUAUACAGAAGUUAUGCGCUGCAUGAUGCUGAGGAACGUUUCCCCGAGUUUGACUUCAACAGCGAUGGUCUGGUGUCUUGGGAUGAAUACAACGCAGUUACGCAUGGUCAUACUGUGAAGGUGGAUGAAGAUGCUGUUCUUGAGGACGCAGAGGAAGAAUCCCUCAGAUUUCUCCAUGCAAAGGAAAAAAGACGUUUUGACUAUGCUGAUAUGGAUGGCUCAGGUGGUUUGAAUUUAACAGAGUUUCUAGCAUUUACUCAUCCAUCUGAGGUGGAUCACAUGGCUGAUUUUGCUAUUGAAGAUGUGCUUAGUGAAUAUGACUUGGAUAAAGAUGGAUUUAUCAGCUUAAGUGAAUUCAUUGGAGAUCUCAGAGCAAAUGAGCAGGACGAACCUUCACAGUGGGAAGUUGAGGAAGUUGUGCGCUUUAAAGAUCUGUACGACCAGGAUAAAGAUGGCAAACUGAACCGGGAUGAACAGCUUCGCUGGGUUGCUCCAAACAGCUAUGGUACUGCACGAGAAGAGGCUAUUCAUCUUAUCCAGGAAAUGGACCAAGAUGGUGAUGAAAGGCUCUCAGUGACAGAGAUUCUUAAAAAGCAAGACACAUUCAUGCACAGUGAAGUCACAGAUUAUGGCCGACAGCUCCAUGUGCCACAUGAUGAACUGUAAUACUUUAUAAAUUGGAAGAAUAAAUGAUUGUUGUACAAAACAAUGAGUUUGAAU